ACUUUCAACUUCCCCCUUAGCCAUUCUUUCCAGGAAGCUAAUUAAGCAAGAGAGUGAUACAGCAAAGCUAGUGCUUCCAGUUUCAGCUACGUACCUAGCUAUAGCCAUGUCAGGCCGAACAACAAGAGCUUCUCAACCCACAGAGGACGAGAUUAAGGAGCUCAUCUUAAAACUACAAGCACUGCUACCACAGCUUAAUCAUAGGCCAAACACAAAGGCAUCAGCAUCAACCAUUUUGGAAGAAACUUGUUCUUACAUCAAGAGGCUGCAUAAAGAGGUAGGCGACCUGAGCCAAAGACUAUCUCAACUACUGCAUGAUUCUGCAGAAUUUGUUGAGGUUGAUGAAGAGCUAAUUACACGACUCCUCUCCAACAUUAAUUAAUUAAUAAUGCAGCUAGCUCGAUCUUUCUCUCUCAAGCUCUCUCUCGCCUACUUAGCUAUAGUACAUCUAUUAUUAAUUGUAAUAUGAGUUAAUUUGGUUGUUCUUGUACUCCAAGUCUCCAACCAAUGAGAGAUAAUAUAUAUAUAGAAUGAGCGGAAUAUGUUUUUUAUUUUAUUUUUUUAUUUUCCAGUGUACCCUUUUCUGAGAUGUCUCUCUAUAUUGUUGAAAUGCUAGCUUCUAGCUAUUUAAUUAGCAUGUAAUAAUUAUUGGUCCCCAGAUCGAUAUUAAUCAU